UUCCUGAUCUUAUUACUGUUUGCUGCUGAGAAAACACUUUCAAUACUGUCCUGUCGAACCUCCGGUUUAUUCUCUCAGCUUAUGUUUCUCUAGAGUUUUUUAGUUGUUGUUGAAUUGUGUGAGGCAUUGCUUGGCAGUCUGGUAUCCUCUGGUAUGGACAGGACAAAGACAUUUGGAAUUUCAUCAAAGUUUCAGGACAAAGACCAGGCCAAGGAGGUUGAAACCAAUAACAUGGUCCUCCCUGUCAAACAGAGUAAUCCAUUCACCUCGACAACAGAAACCUUUCAUUCUAGAAAAACUGAAGGAGCAGCUCAAGAAAGUUGUCUUCUGCCUCUGAAUCACUUCUGGUACAUGAGCCACGUGUACAAGGAAGGAAUUAAACAGAUAGAGAGGAAGAAUAAAAUUAAAAUGGUGGCACAGGCCCAUGUGACAUUUGAAGCUGAGCAGGAAGAUGGAAACCCUCAUGAAGCUCUCAAUGAGUUCAUUGAUCUCUCACAGAGCUGCUCUGCUGAUCCAGGUGAGGCAGUGAUUCCUCUCAAGUUUGUAGAUCCAGAUCAGUGGAGCGAUGCGUUAAAAGUCAUCAAGAGAAACAAGGACAAUAUUUUGCUCACCAUGUCAUCAGAAGAAGUUAUUGUUAGUGGUCCAAAGCAAAGCCAAGAUGAAUUCAGUGCAGUCCUGAAUGCAAUGCAGAAAAUAAACACACCGGCUGAACAGCACAAACCUACAUCAGAUGGUACAUUACAGAGGAUGAACAUGACAACCAACCAACAGACAAAAACAACAACAGUGGAAAACAAUAAGGAACUGGAAAACAGCAAUGGAAAACAGCAGGGAACAACCAACCAACAGACAAAAACAACAACAGUGGAAAACAACAGUGAACCGGUUAUUACUUUUGUUGAAGAUGCUAACAUCAAAGCUAAAUCUGAUUUGAAUGUUGAAUCCAGCAGGAGCAAAAACAAACAAUCCCUCAAACCUUCCUUCAAAAACCUCUGGCUCAAAAAGAAGCCUAUCACACGUCCCCCACGCCCACCCCGACAUAAAGAUGCCACUUUGUUGGGUGAUUUGCCAAAGAAAUCCAGCUGUGAGACUGAGAGGAAAGAGGACUCCAAACAACCUUCACUGAUUCCACCAACAGCACAGCAAAAUGCUGAAGCAUCAACUAAGAAAGGAGCAUCAGGGGACGGUAAAGAUGAUUUCUGCCCAAUAUGCUUGGAUCGGUUAAUCAAACAGAAGCAGCUGAGGUGUAAACACACAUUUUGUGAUGAGUGCCUCCAAGCAUCAGUAAAACACACUGGACCCAUGUGUCCUGUAUGCAAAGAUGUUUUUGGUGUGAUGGAGGGAGACCAGCCUGAUGGAGUGAUGACGUGGAGCUCUAACUCUUCAUCCCUCCCUGGAUUCUCAGGCUGUGGCUGCAUAGUGAUCACAUACACUUUUCCUAAUGGAAAACAGGCGGAAAAGCAUCCUAAUCCUGGACAACCGUAUCAGGGAACUACCAGAACUGCAUAUCUUCCAGACAACGAAGAGGGCCAAGAAGUUCUGAAACUGCUGAAAAAAGCUUUCGACCAGAAAAUGAUUUUCACCGUUGGGACGUCCAGAACAAGCGGGUUGGACAACCAGGUGAUCUGGAACGAUAUUUCUCACAAGACGUCAAAGGCAGGAGGACCACAGAGUUUUGGAUAUCCUGACCCGAAUUACCUGAGAAAAGUAAAGGAGGACCUGAAAGCUAAAGGCAUAGAGUGACUCUGAGAGCGAGUCAUGGUUUAUUUUACUAUGGAAAUUAACAAUUUUAAAAAAUAC